AUGGGAUUUGGUGACCUCUCGACUGAUUCUGGCUUAGCAUGCCUGGACUCAUAUCUUCUGAAACGGAGCUAUAUUGACGGUUACCAGGCCUCUCAGGCUGAUAACACUUUGUUCGAAACCCUGGAAAAACCUCCUCCCAGUAAAUACCAAAAUUGCCUUCGUUGGUACAACCACAUCAAGUCUUUCGGUGACGAUAGAAAGAAGCUCCCUGGUGAAAAGAAGACAGCCGACAGUUAUGGUGACGCCGCUACUUCUAAAUCUAACCAGGCCACAGGCGAUGACGACCUCGACUUAUUCGGAUCGGAUGAAGAGGAUGACACAGAAGUGGCCAAAAUGAAGGCUGAGCGUCUUAAGGCUUACGAGGAGAAAAAGAAAGGAAAGGCAGUUGUCGUCGCCAAGUCGAGCAUUAUUUUGGAUGUCAAACCAUGGGACAGCGAGACUAACAUGGCUGAAGUGGAAAGGACAGUACGAAGCAUAAAAACAGAUGGGCUACAAUGGGGUGCCUCCAAACUGGUUCCUCUUGCUUAUGGCAUCAAGAAAUUACAAAUC